AUGUUCGGGAUCCAGGAGAAUCUUCCCCGCGGGAGCACGGCGGCGAGUCUGAAGGAGGAGCCUCUGACCGUGCGCUCGUGGAUGCACUCGGCCGGCGUGGUGGACGCCAACACGGCCGCUCAGAGUGGGGUGGGGUUAGCUCGCGCUCACUUUGAGAAGCAGCCUCCGUCAAACCUGAGGAAAUCAAACUUCUUCCACUUCGUGUUGGCGCUGUACGACCGCCAGGGUCAGCCGGUGGAGAUCGAACGCACCGCCUACGUGGACUUUGUGGAGAAAGAGAAGGAGCCGACAGGAGAGAAAACAAACAACGGGAUUCACUACAAACUACAGCUGCUGUACAGUAACGGAGUGAGAACAGAGCAGGAUCUUUACGUCAGACUCAUCGACUCUAUGACCAAACAGGCGAUCAUCUAUGAAGGUCAGGACAAGAAUCCAGAGAUGUGUCGUGUUCUGCUCACACAUGAGAUCAUGUGCAGUCGCUGUUGUGAUAAGAAGAGCUGUGGAAACAGAAAUGAGACGCCGUCAGAUCCUGUCAUCAUCGACAGGUUCUUCCUAAAGUUCUUCCUUAAGUGUAACCAGAACUGUCUGAAGAACGCGGGGAACCCUCGAGACAUGAGGAGGUUCCAGGUGGUGGUUUCUACAACAGUAAACGUGGACGGUCACAUUCUCGCCGUCUCUGACAACAUGUUCGUACACAACAACUCCAAACAUGGACGCCGAGCACGGAGGCUCGACCCAUCUGAAGCAGCCACGCCCUGUAUCAAAGCCAUCAGUCCCAGUGAGGGCUGGACCACGGGCGGAGCCACCGUCAUCCUGAUCGGGGACAACUUCUUUGACGGCCUGCAGGUGGUGUUUGGCACCAUGCUGGUGUGGAGCGAGCUGAUCACUCCUCACGCCAUCCGCGUCCAGACUCCGCCCCGUCACAUCCCCGGGGUCGUGGAGGUCACACUGUCUUACAAGUCCAAACAGUUCUGUAAAGGAGCACCGGGACGCUUCGUCUACACGGCUCUGAACGAGCCCACUAUAGACUACGGCUUCCAGAGGUUACAGAAGGUCAUCCCACGUCACCCUGGAGACCCUGAGAGACUGCCCAAGGAGGUGUUGUUGAAGCGAGCAGCUGACCUGGUGGAGGCGCUAUAUGGGAUGCCUCACAACAACCAGGAAAUCAUCCUGAAGCGAGCGGCGGACAUCGCCGAGGCGCUCUACAGCGUCCCGAGGAACCACAACCAGAUCACGUCGCUAGGCAACAGUGCCUCCCACGGCAUGAUGGGAGUGAACUCCUUCAGCGGACAGUUGGCGGUCAACGUCUCUGAGACAACGCAAGUCGGUUACAGUCGGAACACCAGCAGCGUGUCGCCACGGGGAUAUGCCCCCAGCUCCACCCCUCAGCAGAGUAACUAUGGCAACACGGUGAGCAAUAGCAUGAACGGCUACGGCAACACAGGGAUGCCAAACCUCGGAGUGGCAACGUCACCAGGUUUUCUCAACGGGUCGUCUGCCAACUCGCCCUACGGCAGUAAGUAUCAAGUCGUCCCCUCCAGUCCCACCAUGGCUGUGUCCAACUGUACCUCGUCUCACGGCGUCUUCUCCUUCUCUGCUGCCGUCAAACAGAAGAGCGCCUUCGCUCCUGUCGUCAGACCUCCUGUUUCUCCUCCUCCUAACUGUGCUGCUAACAACGCUAACGGCCUGCAAGCCAUGUCCGGACUCGUCGUCCCUCCAAUGUAGGACGACGCCCUCCUCCUGCUCCUCCUCCAUCCUCUUCUGUGUCCUCCCCCUUGACCACGUGCACUAAUCACCUCAGAGGGGGAGGGGCCUCAGGCAGCAGCAGCUGACCAGUCAGAGGAGAGAGAAUGAGUUGUUGCUGGACUGGGCGGAGCCUCUGGUCCCUAAAAAGAAAAACACAAAGACAUUUUGUACAGAUUUUGUUUUUGCUGUGUCAUGAUUCUGAUGUAACUCUGUGUUGAGGGGGAGGGGUCUGUAAAGACUAUGAUGUCACAGCUGUCAUGUGACCUCUACCUGCAAUUUAAGAAGGAACAGAUUAAAGGCCCCAAAGAAGGAGAAACACUGUGUCAGAGAGGAGAGAAGGAAGCUUCCUUCUUGAAGGGCCUAAACAAGGUGGAUAGUGUUCUACUUAGGAAACAUAGAAGGAAGCUUCCUACUUAGGAAAUAAAGUAGAACACUUCCUUCUUAGGGGACAAGGAUGAAGAACAUGUUCAAUGUUCAAAUAAGGUUUCCUGCCUAGGAAGCAAGGAAGGAUGGUUCGUCUCUUAGGAAACAGGAUGUGUAGAAGGGAGGAUAGAGGCUCCACCCCUGGUGGAGGACAGAUGGAAGGGGGCGUGGCACUGUGAAGACAUCAUCAGGAAGGUGUCUCUGAUUUUGGGCCUUUAAUCGAUGACAUCAUCCUUGUUACCGAAGAAAAAAAGAAAAGAAAAGAACCUGAAGUGAAUGAUAAUAAAAAAGACGUAUGAAAACUGUCUCUCUCCUUCAUGGCCCCGCCCCUUUUCAGUUGAAUUCAGCCCCUGCCUGUCUGUUGUUUGUUUGUUUUUUGCUUGCACUGUAAAAACAAAUCCUGCCUCCUGAUAGGCUACUGUAACUGUCCGUCUUCUUGUUCUGAAUUGUCCACUAUGUCAAACCCCGCCCUAAUACCUUGAAGCCCCACCCCUUCAUGUUUUCUGUGCUGAAUAUUUAUUAUGGCAUCACUGUGGUUGAUCUUGCUCUGCCCUCCCUGGCCCCGCCCCCGGCCCAGCCCCCACCACUCGCGUCAGUGAGCGAAUGUUUUGUAACAUACAGAUAAAUAUUUAUAUCAGAUUGUUUUGUAUAGAUGUGAUGUCAUCGCCUGUGUGUGUGUGUGUGUGUCACAUCCAAAAAAACACAAACAUUGUUUUGUAUCAAAGAAAAAAAAGAGCUGUCAAUCAAAGCUGUGACCAAUCAGCUUCACCCUGUUGUUUUUAAUGUGACUGUAAUGAAAGGAAAUAAAGA